AUGGUUGAAGAAGCAUGCGAGCUGGAAGCGAUGACGACUGAAUUUUAUUCAAACCUGUACACGUCGGAAGGAUGUACAAAUAUGCAGGCAGUAUUAGACUCGGUACCUGAGAAAGUGACAGAUGAAAUGCGUACGAUGUUGGACGCCAGGUACACUGAGGAGGAAGUAAAAAAGGCUUUGUACCAGAUGUUCCCUACGAAGUCUCCGGGGCCAGAUGGGUUCCCAGCGCACUUCUUCCAAAAGCAUUGGGGCGUUUGUGGAACCGAGGUGACUGCUGCUGUUCUUAAGAUUAUUGAAGGAUGUGAAAGUGCAGAAAGCAUUAAUCAGACUUACCUGGUUCUUAUACCAAAGGUAAAAAAUCCAUCUUUGCUCUCACAGUUUCACCCGAUAAGCCUUUGCAACGUGUUUUAUAAAAUUGCUUCCAAAGUUAUAGCUAACCGUUUGAAGCUAGUUCUUCCGGAGAUUAUUUCUUCCGAACAGUCUGCCUUUGUGCCGGGCCGUUUGAUCACAGACAAUAUUAUUGUGGCAUAUGAAUGUUUACAUUUUAUGAAACGGAAUAGAGCAGUUAAGCAUCGGCAUUGUGCUCUCAAGUUAGAUAUGAUGAAGGCGUAUGACAGGGUGGAAUGGGAUUACCUGAGAGCCAUCAUGUUAAAGUUGGGUUUUUCUUCAAGAUGGGUGAACAUCGUUAUGGAUCUGGUGAGCUCAGUAUCUUAUUCUGUGUUAUUCAAUGGGAAGAAGCUACAAGAAUUUAAACCUAGCAGAGGUAUCCGUCAGGGAGAUCCAAUCUCCCCUUACCUGUUUUUGUUGGCAGCGGAGGGCCUUUCUGGCCUCUUGAAAAAUUUAAGUGAGUCAUCUCAACUUGGGGGGAUCCAAGUGGCGCCUUCAGCACCACCUGUUAAUCACCUUUUAUUCGCAGAUGAUAGCCUGUUGUUCUUCAAAAUAUCUGGUGGAGGGGCGACAGAGGUGUCAAACCUGUUGGAAACAUAUUGCCAAGCGUCAGGACAGAGAAUAAAUGCAGCAAAAUCGACUAUUUUCUUUAGCAAGAGGUGCCCAUCAAAUCUUAAGGAAGAGAUAAAAGGUAUUCUGAAUGUCCCCAAUGAAACACUUAAUGACAAGUACCUUGGUAUGCCCUCGGAUGUGGGGAGUUCGAAGUUUGGAGCUUUUAAAUAUCUGAAAGACAGAUUAUGGAGCAAAGUUAAAGGGUGGAUUGAGAAAACAUUAUCUAUGGCGGGCAAGGAAGUGCUGGUUAAAUCAGUUGCACAAGCAGUACCGAUUUUGAAGGCAGUAUAUUUUCCAAAUGGCACAAUCCUUACAGCUGAGCUGGGGAGCAGGCCGUCGCAAGUAUGGCGAGCAGUUUUAGGAGGAAGGGAUGUGCUUUGUCAAGGCAUUAUCAGGAGGAUGGGGGAUGGAUCAGCUACGAGGAUAUGGGCCGACAACUGGAUCCCAAGGAUGGAUGAUUUUUGGGCUUGGAGCUUAGAAAAGAAUGGAAAUUUCACAGUCCGUUCAGCUUACCGAAUGUUGGCAGACACUAAAAGGCGAAGGGAGGAUUGGCUUGAGGGUAAUGCAGGCAUGUCUAACUAUGAAGCGGAAGCCAAAUCUUGGACAUCGCUGUGGUCUGUCCAAGUGCCGGGGAAGGAUAGCUGGCGACAUUCACUGAUGCAGUGUUCUGUUGCCCGGUGUGUCUGGGCUCUAGUAGAUGAUGACGUUGUUGAUUAUAUUCAGGCUACUACAGAGCUAAAUGCUAAGCGCUGGUUAUUCUCUAUGUUUAAUGAUUUACCACAAGCUAGCAUGGUCAAGCUGGUCGUGACUUUGUGGGCAAUAUGGUCGGCAAGGCGUAAAGCUAUCCAUGAGGGAGUCCUACAGAGCCCUCAUGCUACACAUGCAUUUGUGACUAGCUUCAUCUCUGAACUAGAAUCUCUGAAGACCCCAGUGUGUGUUGUACAAAAUGCGGCUAUGACUAGCUCGGGAGUAAGGCAUACUAGUACGUGGUUGGCCCCUGCUGUGGGAGUGGUGAAGAUACAAGUUGAUGGAGGCCAGGCGAGGAACGGUAGGAGCGGUGCAGCUGCGGCACUCUGCCGAGACCACCAUGGCCUCUACUUGGGGUCGUCGGCUAUGUCCUUUUCAGAUAUUUCUGACCCAGCGACGCUUGAGGCGCUAGCUUGUCGAGAAGCGCUGAAUCUAGCGCUGGAUUUGUCACUUGAGCACAUUAUCAUCGCAUGUGAUAAUAAGACUGUGGUGGCGGACAUCAAUAACGGCACCGAAGGUCCAUAUAGUGCUAUCAUCAAGGAGAUUCGUGCCCGGGCGAGGAGUUUCAGAAGCUGUGAGUUUAUUUUUGAAGGACGGGCAGGGAACACUGAUGCUCAUAAUUUAGCUAAAUUUUCAUCUUCUUUAGAUGUUGGUCGCCAUUUGUGGUUGAGAGUACCCCAUGACCAGUUUGUAAUUCCUGUAAACCGUUCGGCUUCGCCAUAA